AAAUGGCGAAACAGUUGUAGGUUUAAGCUGAACCGUUUAAACUGCGUACUCUGAUCUUGCUCUUUCACUGAACUCGAGUGGAGCUGGUCAGGGACCCUAGGGUUUAUUCCCAGCCUUCAUUCAUGUGGGCUUUCCGUCGAGCUGCUGUUCCUCUAAGGCCACAUGGUUCUUGGCUUGGGCUUUCCAGAGUGAUCUCAACCAAAUCAGAUAUAAUCAGUUUUUCUGUGGGGUCCAGAGCUGGUACUUGCACCCUUGAAUAUUUCAUAUCUGGUAGAAGCAGUUCAUCAAAGGAGUUUUACCAUUCACUAUCCAUCUCCAUAGGUAAAAGGUUCUUUCUGGAGAGUUGUGGUUACUGUUCACAGCCAGAUGCAAGGGAUGUAAUCGUGAAUGACAAGAUGGAAGAUGGGCUUCCAGAGCUUGAGACAUGUGCUAUGGCUGAUAAAAUUGGAGCAAGCAAUGCAGAGGAAGUAGAUAAGGAAGAAUUACUUCCUGAGCUGGAAUUUGUGGAAGAUGCUGAGAAAGGUGUUAGCAGUGAAAAGGAAAGUGCAACUUUGGAGUUGCUAAACUCCUUUAUGGGAAUUCCAAAUGUUGCAGUUUCUGAUGUUCUUAAGAAAUGGGCUGAGGAUGGCAACAAAUUAAGCAAAGAGCAGAUUUCCAGGAUCUUAGUUAGUCUGAAAAAGCGUCAAAUGUAUUGGAAAGCAUUACAGUUCCAUGAGUGGCUGGGAAAAAGUAAGCAAAUUGAUCUUACUGAACAGUACUAUGCAACUUGUAUUGAUUUAAUUUCUAAAGCGCAAACCCUUGAGAAAGCAGAGAAGUUUGUGGACAACAUCCCAUUGUCCUUCAAAGGUGAAUUAGCAUACAGGACUCUUUUACGAAGUUGUGUCCUUGCCCUGAAUAUGAGGAAGGCAGAGGCAGUGUUCAACAAAAUGAGGGAGUUGAACUUACCAAUUGAUGUUGAUGUUUGCAAUCAGAUGAUCAUUCUGUAUAAGAGGCUUGACAAGAAAAAAAUAGCUGAUAUCUUAUUGAUUAUGGAGAAGCAGGAUAUCAAAUCGUCUUUCCUUACAUACAAACUUCUUAUAGAUACCAAAGGUGAGUCCAAUGACAUUAUGACGAUGGAGCGAUUGGUUGAGGCUAUGAAGGUUGAUGGUUUUGAACCUGACAUCAAUACCCUAAAUGUGAUAGCAAAGCACUACAUAUCUGGGGGUUUCAAACAUAAAGCGGAAACUGUUUUCAAGGAAAUAAAAGAAAGAAAACUGGAAAGAAUUGUUGAGGCCCGAAUAUCAUUGCUUCUCCUCUAUGCUUCUCUUGGCAGAACUGAUGAGGUGGGCAAAAUUUGGAAGGAUUGUGAAUCAGAUCCCACGAUGCAGGAGUGCGUAGCUGCCAUAGAAGCCUGGGGCAAGUUGGGUAAAGUAGAGGAGGCAGAAGCAGUCUUUGAUUUGAUGCUUCAGAAAUGGGAGAGGAUCAACUCCCGGCAAUAUGCUUCGCUUCUGAAAGUUUAUACAAAUAAUAAACUACUGGCGAAAGGAAAAGAUUUGGUGAAACAGUUGGUUGAUACGGGAUGUUGGAUUGACCCAUUAACUUGGGAUAUAUUAGUGAAAUUCUAUAUUGAAUCUGAAAAUGUUGAAAAAGCGGACUCGAUUUUACAGAAGGCAGCGCACACAAAGAGAAUGAGACCCAGGUUCACAAGUUUCAUAGCUAUAAUGGAGCAGUAUGCGAAGAGGGGUGAUGUACAUAAUACAGAAUUGCUGUUUAAGAGAAUGAAGGAGUUUGGGUACAGUGGACGUCUCAAGAUAUUUGAGAUUUUGAUCCAGGCUUACAUCAAUGCAAAAAAACCUGCUUAUGGGUUCCGAGAGAGGAUGAAGGCAGAAAACAUAUUCCCGAACAGGGCAUUCGUGAAACAGUUGGCUCAAGUAGAUGCAUUCAGUAGAGAAGUGGUGUACAGACAUGAAAGACCAUUCAAUAUAGAUACUUGUAUUAGUGUACAAUGAAAUUGUCGUUAAUUUAGUUUAUACAGAUCAGUCUGAGCUAAUAAUCUCA